UAAUCUGGCAAUCCUGCACAAGACCACAACAAGCAGACAUUUUAGUGGGAGCCGUUGCAAAGACUGAACCGUUCCUAAGUCCUGUGAAGGAUGUCUGUUUCUUUGGGUCGUGCCAUUAAAAUGAAAACCAAAAUCGAGCUGUAUUAUGAUGUGAUGUCCCCGUUUUCCUGGUUUGCCUUCGAGGUUCUUCAUAGGUACAAGCCACACUGGAACAUGGACCUCCACCUGAAGCCCGUGUUACUGGCGGGCAUCAUAAAGACCAUUGGCACCACUCCUGAGAUGCUGAAGUCCCGGAACCCACACUACCACCAGGAGGACAUCAAGCGCUGUGCCAAGUACUUCAACGUUCCCGUUGAGCUAAAUGAUAAUGUAUAUGAGUCAGUAAUUGAAAGAGGCACACUCAUGCCCUGCCGCUUCUUGACGGCUAUUGACCUGCUUCACCCGAGCUUCUUGGAAAGGACCAGUCGGGAAUUGUGGAAGUCUGCUUGGAGUAAACAUGAAGAUAUUCUGUCAGCUGAGGUGUUGGCAUCAGCAGGCUUGGCAGCAGGUCUGACACCCAAGGCUCUUGCUGAGGUGAAGGAGCAGAUGGGUCAGCCAGUUACCAAGCAGCGGCUGAAGGCUUACACGGAUGAGGCUGUGGAGCAUGGGAGGUUUACUGUUCUGUUGCAGGCUUUUGGUGUGCCAACAGUAGUGACUCAUGCUGGGGCCAAGCCUGAGCUCUUCUUUGGCUCAGACAGGUUUCACUUGAUAGCACGGGAAAUUAAUGAAACCUGGAUGGGGCCAGAGCCGGAUACAUUCCAUACAAAGCUCUAAUAAGGACAUGCAGUAUAUAUAUAUUGUAUGUACAUAUGUACUUACUAAAAUUUAUCAAAGCUUUGUGUGAAUUCUUUGUAAUAUGAUGUACAGGGUAAUGAAAAUGUAUAUUUCUACUCCUA